ACAGCACGCUCCGCGCUGGACGCGUUCUGACCGUCUGCACGGAUCGCACUCUGUCUGGGGCUCUGCGUUACACGUUCCGCUUGGAUCCUUCGAAAAGCGUCUUUACUGUCGCGGUCGGCAGCAGCAUUGAAGCCUAUGUGGAACAGUCGCAAAGUGAAAACCAACUUUACGCGUUCAGUUUCUCAAGAAUGCUUUUAUUGUUGGGCACGCGGAUAUUUCGCGUUUUUAUGGAAUCGUAGAAGAGCAACGCUUUCGCUUUCCUUUGGAGGCCAAAUGUGCGAUGAGAUGAGCGCAGAGGAAAAGUUUUUUUGUGAUCAGAUUUCCUUGAGUUUGUGAGACUGUUAUCUUGGGAUGGUUGCAGCUGUCUCUUGGUGGAGGAGCGAGGUCUCUCCACUUCGACUGAAACAAAGCAAAUGUAGCGACUUAAAGUGGAGCGCCUUCGCGUAAAAGAGCGGAAACUUGCAACAGAUCAACUGGAGAGGGCUUGUAGAGUUGUAAAAUGAAUCUUAUGGAAAACAAAAGAGGAUAUUCGACCGCUGCUUAAUGUGCAGAGCACAAAACCAUGAUAAAUCGACCCAUCUAAUGUUGCGUCGAGUCAAUAUUUUGACCAUGACUUAAAAGGAGUGCUGACUUGCGUCUCUGCUUGAUGGCUUUUGACGAAUUUGCGUCGUGUUUAGAUAUAAACAACAACAACAAAAGGCUUUCUGGGCUAUUUAUAUGCUAAUCUAACCCCCUCUUCUUGCCGUGUGAAUCUCAGCGAAGGCAGGAGGGAUGUCGCUGGGCGCUUCUUGCGUCUUUUUACUGGCUUUCGUGCUGCUCAGGAGCUCGAGCUCUGCAGGAUCCACUGAAUGUAAAUCAUACGAUGAACGCUCCAGAAGUGCGGGGAAAAGCUCUCCGUCUGGGGCCACGCUGGACAGAAAAGUGGUCUGCAGUAACAUGGAGCUCCAUCAGGUGCCUUCACCCGAAUCAUUUCCCAACAGAACAGUCUCACUUGACAUAAAGAACAACAUAAUCGCACAUAUUGAACCGGGAGCUUUUUAUGGACUUUUCGCCCUCAAAAGACUAGACUUGUCCAAAAAUCUGAUCGGCUGCCUCCAUGUGGACGUCUUCAAAGGCCUCACAAACCUUGUUAAACUGUAAGUCAUGUUUUUUGUUUUUUUUUCUACUCUAUG